CAGGAAAAUGAUGAAGCAAGUUCAUGAAAUAAUCAAAACCCAUCAGCAAGGCUCAUUAGAUAUAGUAUGUAAAAUAAUGAUAUACAGAAUCUUCAGCUUAAUAAUGCAUGGAAAUAAUUAAAAAGUUUUAGUGAGUUCCGGUUCGAAAAUCGAGAUUUUUACGAGAAUGGACCAAUAAAUAAUAAUGGCAAAUACUAGUAGUUGUAGAUGUUGGAUUUGUCAUAAAACAGACGAAGGAGAAUCAGAAGAUGAAGCGAAAGAAGAUUUAGACAUUGGACAUUAUUCUUAUAUACAUGCAUGUGAACAAUUAGUAAAUCCUCCGAUUCGUAAAAUAUUUGAACAAUUACAGACUCAUGAAAUAAGCGUUCAGUAUGUUGGACUUAACACUAACGAUGUCAUUGCUUUGGCGUACGGCCUUCUGCAUAACAGUAGGGUUGAAAGUGUCGAUUUAGAGGACAACCGAAUGAGUGAAGAUGGAAUGUUGCAUGUAAUAGAACUACUGAAUUACAAUAAUGUUAUAUCUAGCUUGAGUCUUUCAAACAACAGAAUGACGGUUAACUGUGCUGGAAUGUUGAAAGAAGCUAUAAGUAGCAACGCAUGGCUAACACAUCUGAAUUUAUCAGGUACAAAGUUUGGUGACGACGGAGCAAAGCAUUUAGGUUUAGCAAUAAGAUCUAACAUUUCCAUAAUAUGGAUGAACCUAAGUCACAACGACAUAGGCGUUACUGGGGCACAACAUAUCGGAAGAGCGAUUUCAAUAAAUGAUACACUAGAAGUAUUAGACUUGAGUUGGAAUCAUAUUAGACGCAUGGGAGCUCUAGCAAUAUGUAAAGGUUUACAGGAAAACUCUUCAAUUGUAAAUUUCAAUUUAUCCUGGAACGGCUUUGGUAUAGAGGGAAGCUUGGCUUUGGAGAAUGUAUUCAAAGAAAAUAUGUCUCUGAAGUGUAUUGAUCUAUCCAAUAAUCGUAUCAACUGGGACGGUCUAGUAUAUCUUACCAGAGGACUACGAAAGAACAAUGUUCUUAGGAUACUCAAACUUGGAGACAACCCAUUACCUGUUGAUGGGAUACAGAAUCUUUUACACGAAAUUUCAAGUCCGAGGAGUAACUUAACUCACCUGAGUCUUGAGAAUGUUCCAGUCAACGUCAAAAUUAUGGAGGAGGUAAAUAAGAUAGCUUCUAGACGUUUGUUUACUAUUACACAUGGCGGUGUGUUGGAUUCAACUGACAUGUUUGGUAUCAAAAGAGGUAGAGAGAAAAGGGAGGAUCCCUUCACAUUGUUGAUACGAUUUAUGGGGAUGAUGGGUAUCCGGAUAUUGGACUUAUUUCGCAUUUCCGAAAGUGGUGCACAAUCUGCAGUAUCAAAAGAUAACUUUAUUAGAGGGGUAAAGAAAGUAGGAGCUCCACUAAGUGAUAGAGAAAUUGAGUUAGUUGCAAAAAGACUUGCUCGAAAAGGAGAAAUCAGUUACAGCAUAUUGUCCAAUGGAGUACGAAAUCAUAUGAGAGAAGAGAAAAAAGAAGAUAGGCGCCAAGAAACAAUUGAAGUGAAAAAGCAAGAGCAUCGCAAAAAUUUCCUAAAAUCAGACUUAGGGGAAGUUAAACCCCCAGACGUGAAGGGACUAACAAUGUAUAAAACUGUGGCGGGUAAAAACUUCGCCCGAAUAAUGAGUUCCUCUAACAUGUUAUCUAGUAGGAAAGAAUCUCCAUCUCCAAGUUCUAGCCGUGUUUCGCUGUUACCAAGACUAGUAGACAAAAUAGUUACUAUCAAUAGAUCAGCCAAGUCAAUAUUAUCACAAGAAACGCACAGACUGGAAUCAGCCAAACGACGCAAACGACAAAGAAUAUUCAGCAUUGUCUGAAUUUGUUAUGCUUAUUAGUUUCGUUGUUAUUUUGAUAAAUAUAUGACUUGUAAAGAAUACCGCUUAUAGCCGAAUAACUCCGGAUUAACUGAAUAGCGUAUAUUUUGUUCUGAUAUUAUUCAAUUAUCAGAUAGCUAACGAAAAAGGGUAAACAACAAAAAUUAUAAACUUGCAGUCCACCAGCAGUGAUUUCGACUCAGUGCAAGAAAAAUGAAAAAAAAAAAGGAUUUGGUGCGGCAGCGUCAACACUGUAUUAGAAUUCAAUGUUUUAUUAGAGUCUCAUAUCUCAAUAAGUACAAUCGAUAUUUACACAUUGUAACACAAUACUAUAUAAAAUGAGAGCCAUUCUAUACAGACUUAUAAGAUACAAUUAAUAUAUAUAUAUAUAUACCAAAUUAAACAGAAUAAAAUAAUGUACUGUUUACAAUAAAUAAAAAAGAUUUUAGCACACACAC